UAUAUUGAUUACCAUGGCGAGCCAUUUCUUCCUCGUCUUCCUUGUCGUAAUUUUAACCGUCGUUGAUGGAACUUUAGCAGAAGAUAACGACAAACCUCAACCUGUAGUGGACAGGAAAUCAUCAACAGCAGACAACACUACAAAGAGCUUGAUAGAUAGUCUUGGUCCGUCUCAAGAUUAUCCGGAUUACGAAAUCCCUAAAGAACUUGCACCGGACGGUGUCGAGGUGGUGGGUGAUUACGUGCCCAUUAGCCCUACCGGAGGACAAGGUGAUCCGCUUGCACAACCCGAAGCGGAUAUGAAUGCCAAAACGUCGCCGUCUGGCUCUGCCUCUAGAUCUUCUUCAACCGUUUUGGCUGUUGUUGUGGCGGGAGGAGCCAGCUUAUUUUUAUUUUGAAGCCGAGAAUAUGAAUGAUGCCAUUGGAUUAACCACCUUAUAGAGUGUGCAAUAUGAGAUGCAUCUGUGUUUUGUGUA